AUGAUAUUACGGAAGAUUGUAACAGAUAAUUCUGAUUGGGAUAGUCCUCUGCCGGAACAGUACCGUUCUGAAUGGGAGUCGUGGAAAACGGAACUUCAGUGCCUCCAAGAUAUUAACAUUCGCCGCACGUACAUGAACCAUGACGCCUCUCUCAGCAAAGCUGUAAGACGAGAAAUUCACCUCCACUCUGAUGCAUCUGAGGAUGCAAUUGCAGCAGUGGCAUAUCUGAAGACCAUUUCCCAGGAAGGCAAGAUACAUGUUGGAAUCAUCCUAGGCAAGGCAAAGGUAGCACCUAAACAUGGAAAUUCGAUUCCACGCCUUGAAUUAUGUGGAGCUCUUCUGGCUGUAGAAAUCUACGACAUUGCAGUGAAUGCAUUAGACAUUGCAGUUGAUUGUGUUCAGUUUCACAUUGACAGUAAGGUGGUAUUAGGCUACAUAAAUAACCGUGUCCGACGAUUCUACAUGUAUGUGAGCAAACGUAUUGAACGUAUACUUAGGACUACAACGCCUGAACAAUGGACAUAUGUACCCACUCACAUGAACCCUGCAGAUUGUGCUACCCGCUCGCUUCCUGCAAGUCAGAUGCAAAACAGCCCCUGGUUGCAAGGACCUGUUCAACUCUACAAGAAAGGUCAGAACGAGGUCAAGCUGGACAACAGUACAUUUUCUCUUGUUGACCCAGAGAAUGAUAAGGAAAUCAAACUAGCUCUGGCUGUUCAUGUAGUGAAGUCUUCUAUCGAGGACCAGUGCAUAUUUGGAACCCAUAGAUUCAACAAGUUCUCAUCAUGGACUGCUCUUGUAAGAGCAUUUGCCUUUCUACGGAACAAAGUGUGUGCCUUCAAACAGAGGAAUGUUGGCAAUAGUUCCCACUUAUGUGUUGACUACAAGGCUGUUGAGACAUUUCAGUUAGUUGAACGAUGGAUUAUUGAGAGAGUUCAAAGAGAAACAUUUCCUGAGGAGUACUCAUGUUUACUUGACAAAAGGACUCUAUCUCGUAACCGCUCGUUGCUUACCUUGGAUCCGUUCCUCAAUCAGCAUGGUCUGAUUUGUGUUGGUGGACGUCUCAGAGAUUCCGACUUAGGUAAACACGAGAAGUUUCCAGUGAUUCUUCCACGCAAGCACCACAUUAGUACCUUGCUAGUACGACACUACCAUGAACAAGUAAAACAUCAGGGCCGUUUCUUCACGGAAAGCAUGAUACGAUCCGCUGGCUUCUGGAUCGUAGGUGCCAAGCGCUUGAUCUCUUCAGUGAUUCAUGCAUGUGUAAAGUGCAAAAGACUCCGUGGGAGGCUAGAAACCCAGAAGAUGGCUGAUCUUCCAGUGGACCGUGUCAGUCCCGCUCCUCCUUUUAGCUACACAGGAGUUGAUGUGUUUGGACCUUGGUCAGUGGUGACAAGACGCACCAGAGGCGGACAGGCUAGCAGUAAGAGAUGGGGUGUGAUAUUUACGUGUCUAAGCAUACGGGCCAUUCAUAUGGAAGUAGUAGAGGAAUUGUCUUCUUCCUCAUUUAUAAAUGCCCUGAGAAGAUUCACAGCUAUCAGAGGUCAAGUGAAGGAAUUAAGAUCCGACCGUGGAAGAAAUUUUGUUGGCUGCACUAAAGAUCUUCAGAUUGAGGCAAUCAAUGUUGAGGAUGCUGAAAUGAAGAAGUUUUUGUUCGACAAGGGAACAGUUUGGCGCUUCAACCCACCUCAUUCAUCCCAUAUGGGAGGGGUUUGGGAGCGCAUGAUCAAGACUACCAGAAACAUUCUAGAUUCCAUGUUGUCUGAAGUGAGUGACAAAAAUUUGACGCAUGAAGUGCUUACUACCUUUAUGUGCGAAGUGUGCACCAUAAUCAAUGCGCGACCAAUCGUUGCGAUCACCUCAGAUCCUACGAACCCAUUCUUACUUAGUCCAUCAACCUUACUUACUCAAAGGACAAGUGCAGAUGUACAACCCUUUGUGGACCUGAAUCCGAAGGACAUGUAUAAGGAACAGUGGCGUCGAGUACAAUAUCUUGCCGAACGUUUCUGGAAUCGCUGGAAGCAAGAGUAUCUGCAGACCUUACAACCUAGAAGGAAAUGGCAGUGUGACAAGACCAACUUGAAUCGUGGUGACACUGUUUUGUUGAAAGAACCCGAGAGCCACAGAAACAACUGGCCACUUGGAAUGGUGGAAAACGCUAUUUGUGGAAAAGAUGGUCGUGUUCGAAAAGCGGAAGUUCGCAUUACCAAGAAUGGCUUCUCAAAGACAUAUACAAGACCGGUGACUGAACUUGUUCUGCUUUUGAGUGACAAGGGAAAUGAUCUAGACACUUCCACCAGUGACAAAGAAUAA